GCCAUCGAAACACACCGCUUUGAUUUCUCUGUUCGUAAAAGGCACCUCAUCAUGUCUCAAUCCACCACCCCUAUCAAGCAAGCCAAGGCACCUGCCGCUCCCGGAAGCGACCACAAGAUCGAGAAGCUAGAGACCAAGACCAAAGCCGUAGUAGCCAACAGUCACCUGGUUAAUGCAGAUGAUAAACUGCAUCCGCUUUUGAGCCUCAAGAAUGGCAAGAAGCUCGAAAAGUUCCCUGAUACGCCAAAGGCUUUGGCUAAACUGAGCGGUUGGUUCUAUCCUNUCAUUACUGUCGAUGCCAUGCUCAGCGCCCUCGAGGCUGAUCGCGAUGGAAAUGAGAUGGAGAAGAGAGAGAAGCUGCGUCUGCAGAUUGGUCUCAAGCCCAACCCUGCUUGA